ACCUCUGGGUGUCAGUAUUACAUCGGAAUAACAACACACCGUACCACCCCCUUUUCGGCUUUUGUUUCCUGUUGUAGAAGGCAACUGCGGUGCUUGAUUCGAUCGUGAGCAGACUGACCGUGGUUUAUGUGAAUGUGCGAUGCUCAACAUAUUGAAGCUUAAAAAUAAUUUGUAGUGGUGGCGAGGAUCUAUUUCUAUGUUACCGGAUAAUGAUGGGGACUGUCACAAAUGUUCGCUCAAGGAUUUACUGGAUUUUUUUUCACAUGUCCCUACUGCUGCUUUUUGGGAAGAAAGCUUUUGCUCAAAUAAGAUACACAGUUCCAGAAGAGUCUAAAGGUGGAACGGUCGUUGGAAAUGUUGCGAGAGAUCUCGGACUUGAUGUCACUUCUUUGAAUGAUCGACGUUUCCGUGUGGUAUCUGGAAGUAAGGACGCUUUUUUCGAGGUAAAUCAGGACAAUGGGGCUCUCGUCGUCCAUGGGAAAAUCGACAGAGAGGAGCUCUGUAAAGGCAGCGGUGCAUGUGUAAUCGAUCUCAAAAUUCUUGUUGAAAAUCCCUUGGAAAUGCAUUAUGUAACAGUAGAAAUCAUUGAUAUUAAUGACCAUUCGCCUAGUUUCCCAGAAAAACAGCAAACAUUAGAAAUAGCGGAGCAUACACUCCCCGGACGGAGGUUUCAGCUUCACAGCGCUCGUGAUCCCGAUGCUGGAAUAAAUUCUAUUCGAACCUAUACACUGACGUCGAACGAUCACUUUGAAAUAGAUAUCCGUCAAGGUGACGAAGACAAAAUCCCAUUUUUGGUGCUCAAGAAGUCGUUAGAUAGAGAACAAAAAAACAAACACAUAUUAAUUGUGACAGCAGUUGAUGGAGGCAAACCUCCAAAAACAGGUACCCUGAAUGUUUCCAUUAUUGUUUUGGACAGUAAUGAUAACCGACCAAUAUUCAGUCAAGAGAUGUAUCAAAUUGAAAUACAAGAAAAUGUAUCAAUUGGUACUUCACUAUUUAAAAUUAAUGCAACUGAUCCCGAUGAAGGCACCAAUGGUGAAAUUGAAUACAGUCUUGUUAAAACUUUGAGGAAGAAUAUAUAUAGACUUUUUGAAUUGGACAAAUUAACUGGGCUAAUUAAAGUAAAGGGAUUGGUAGACUAUGAGGAAAACGACGUUUAUAAACUCGAUGUUGAGGCUUCUGAUAAAGCAACACCCCCAAUGACGGGUGAGAGUCGGGUCAUAAUCAAAGUUAUAGAUGUCAAUGAUAAUCCUCCGGAAAUAGAAGUAACAUCACUGUCAAAUACAGUGUCUGAAGAUUCAAAAGUUGGUACUGUCAUUUCACUGCUGAGUGUGACAGACAAAGAUUCCGGAGUAAAUGGUAAAAUAAUAACAAGCAUAAUCUCAGACGGGCCUUUUGAAUUAAAGCCAUCAUAUAAGGAAAAUAUAUAUUCAGUUGUAACAAAGGGACUUUUAGACAGGGAACAGGUGUCUCACUAUGAACUGACAAUCAAGGCUACAGAUUGUGGUGAACCUCCACUAUUUACAUUCAAAACCUUUAGUAUUCAGAUAACAGAUGUAAAUGACAAUAGUCCAUGGUUCUCACAGAAUCCUUUACAAGUUUAUAUGUUUGAAAAUAAUGUGGCAGGAAAAAUACUUUUCUCUGUCAGUGCAACUGACAAAGACAUGAACGAAAAUGCAGUUAUUUCAUAUCAUAUAGUCAGAGAAGGAGGUCCAAAUGAUAUAAUGUCUUUUCUAAAUGUACAGCCAGAAAAUGGGCAUAUUACCGCGAUGAAAAGUUUCGACUUCGAAACUGUGAAAACUUUCCAGUUCCAAGUUGUAGCCACAGAUUCUGGAACUCCAUCACUCAGCAACAACGUGACAGUCAACGUGUUCAUUCUGGAUCAGAACGACAACGCUCCAGUCAUCCUGUAUCCACUCAGCUCCAACGGCUCUGCUGAAGGUGUGGAGGAGAUUCCCCGCAAUGUCAACGCAGGACACCUGGUGACUAAAGUCAGAGCCUAUGAUGCUGAUAUAGGAUAUAACGGCUGGCUGUUGUUCUCACUGCAGGAAGUCACUGACCACAGUCUCUUUGGUUUGGACCGCUACACAGGACAGAUCAGGACACUUCGUUCAUUCACAGAGACAGACGAGGCUGAACAUAAACUGGUCAUCCUGGUCAAAGACAAUGGGAAUGUCUCACUGUCAGCAACAGCGACUGUGAUUGUCAAACUUGUGGAGCCCAAAGAGGCCUUUGCAGCUUCUGAUGUGAAAAGUGCAACAAAAGUGGAGGAGGAGGACAAUGUGACUUUUUAUCUGAUGAUAACUUUGGGAGCUGUUUCUCUACUCUUCAUCAUCAGUAUCAUUGUUCUGAUUGCCAUGCAGUGCUCCAAAUCCACAGACUAUACAUCAAAAUAUCUACAAGAGACCAAUUAUGAUGGGACACUGUGUCACAGCAUUCAGUACAGAUCUGGAGAUAAACGAUACAUGCUGGUUGGACCCAGAAUGAGUAUUGGAUCUACAAUUGUUCCUGGCAGCCAUGCAAAUACCCUCGUGCUCCCCGACAGGAGGAGAGCUUCUGAAGAGGUAGGACUUUCUGUAAAAUAUAGUUCAGGUAAUCUGAUAAACGUCUGA